GACGAUUUAUAGAAGGCGACCGUUUCCGGUGUGAAGUAAACACAAGUUUGACAUUGGCUUCAUUUGACUCGUUAAAUAUGGUUUCUCUGUCUUUAAACUCGUUAAAACAAAUAAUGAGAGCAAUGGUAGAUAAUCAGGGCUUCGACAGAGUCCUGAGAAAGGUGGACGUUUUGUCUGCGAGCCCAGGUAAGGUGGUGUGUGAGCUGCGGGUAGACGAGGAGCACACCAACCGGGGAGGGACGCUCCACGGCGGGCUGACAGCCACCCUGGUCGAUGUCAUCUCCACCAUGGCUAUCAUGUACUCUGAGAGGGGAGCACCAGGAGUCAGUGUGGACAUGAACAUAACAUACAUGAAUGCUGCCAAGAUUGGAGAGGACGUUCUCAUCACUGCUCAGGUUCUGAAGCAAGGACGGACGCUGGCGUUUGCCACCGUCGACCUCACCAGCAAGGCCACAGGAAAGCUCAUAGCACAGGGGAGACACACUAAACACCUUGGCAGCAGCUAAACUGUCUCGCCGCAGGUGCCUGUCUGUCUAUCACAUAUCUAACUGUACUGUCAAAACAAGGGACUAACUAGUUUGCAAAACCACUGACUAUGUACAAAAUAUGGCGUUAACAGUGGUGAGUGCAACAAAUCCUUCUCACAGUUACUUACUUGAUGAGUGUUGUUACCAUUGUACAUAUUUGUCGUCGAACAGAUACAGAGAAACUACUAGCUGUAUGGUCAGAAUCAGUCCUGACCUAACUACUGUAUCAAUUGUACUGUUUCAUGCACAUGCAAUAAAACAAAUAGACAAGA